GAGCAGCGAAGUGCUGCCCUAACAAAGGGAACUUAUGUGAACCAAGGAGUUUAUAUGAAAUCUUUAUUUUUGUACAUUCUAGUGUUCGAACCCCAAAUUGUCAACGAUGCCAGCUAGCCUGUACAAUGAGAUGAAUCCAAGUGCGAGCUACGAGGAACAGCGCGCACUGCAGUUAGCCUUCGAACUCUCGAUGAUGGGGUUGAACGGUACCGAGGAGGAAAAUGGUUCUGUCGGGAACAGUUCGUCUUCGUCAUCCGGGAUGGAUUUGGAUGCUGCGAGAAAAAGAGGUAGUGCUAACAUGACGGAGUGUGUACCCGUACCCAGCUCGGAACACGUGGCCGAAAUCGUCGGACGUCAGGGAUGCAAAAUAAAGGCACUGAGAGCAAAGACCAACACGUACAUCAAAACCCCAGUUCGAGGUGAGGAGCCAGUUUUCGUAGUCACUGGUAGAAAGGAGGAUGUUAAUGCCGCUAAGAGGGAAAUUCUGUCUGCAGCUGAACACUUCAGCCAAAUUCGUGCUUCUCGUCGUAAUAGCAGUGUAUCUUCAGUUUCCUCUACAACCACACCUACAAAUGGCACAACUCUAACCACAGGUCCCCCAAGCCCCAAUGCUCCAGGACAGGUUACCAUUCAGGUGCGUGUUCCUUACAGAGUUGUGGGUCUCGUUGUUGGUCCAAAGGGAGCCACCAUUAAACGAAUUCAACAGCAAACACACACGUACAUCGUCACUCCCAGCCGUGACAAGGAGCCUGUAUUUGAGGUCACUGGACUUACCGAGAAUGUUGAAAAAGCCAGACAGGAAAUCGAAAGUCACAUUGCUCUUCGAACAGGAGGACUUAUGGAUUCUCAGAAUGAGGAUGAUUUUCGCAGCAAUGGUGUCGAUUCAGGCUUCCAUGAGUUGAAUGGAAGUGGUGAGUUUAAUGGAUAUAACAAAUCGCCAAAUGGAGUGAAUGGGACAUGUGCUUUCAACAACAUACAUAAUGCUCUGAACAACAGUUGUCCUCCACCUCCACAAGAUACCAAUAUUUUCAGUUUCCCGCCGGUGAAUACUUCCACAAAAAUCUCAGAAUUUGCUUCCAAUGGAUUUGGCAAUGGUUUCAAUGGCUUUAAUAUGUAUGACAACGACGAAGGGAUUGGUGGUUCUCCAUCAUUUGAUCCCAUCCUACCUCCUUCCUACAUGUGGGGGGAGUAUAAUGACAAUCGCAAUUCAACUCUAGUCUCCUUGUUCACUUCAACAUCCACCAGCAUGCCACGGCGUAGCAGCAGUCUCAACAGCGGUCAUCGACUCUCCCCCACCCUCACUGACUCGCCCUCGCCUCCACAUAGUGGCAUCGGGUCUGGGUCAGACAGGUCGUCUCCAUCGCCACCUAGUGACCAUGCCCUCGUGCGGAGGAUCAGAAGUGACCCCCUUGCCAGUGUGACAACGACUAUGUUUGGAGCCACCCCCAGCACAACGUUCACGUCUACCUCGAGUGAGGAUGCAUCGGUCAUUUCCUGCACUAGCGCUCUGGCCGUGCCCCCUAUUGCCUCAGUAGUGGACGUUUCCCUGGCCAGGAAUGGCGGAAUUACUUGCCCAGUUUCGGUACCCACCUUGAAUGGCCGCCCCAGGAGGCAGUGCUUUAUGUGCUCGGAAAGCGAUAUUGUGGCGGCCCUAGUGCCGUGUGGCCAUAACCUGUUCUGCAUGGAAUGUGCGAACCUGAUCGUGGAGAAACCCCAGUUGGAGCGGAGCUGUCCUGUCUGCCAACAAGCACCGACUCAGGCCAUCCGCAUCUUCUCCUAAACGGCAGGAUGUAUAAUAUAUAUAAACAUAGGUGAUUAUCAAUUCAAAAUCUUAUCCUACAUUCAGGAAUAUUGCUCUAUUAUCAUUUCAAGUUGUUCUCUAUAUUAUUAUAUAUAUUAAAUAUGGAAUAUAUAAUUAUAGACUUUUUCAUAGAAUGUUUUAAGAGAAAUCUCAUUGUGUAUAUCAAAGACAUCAUUUUCACCAUUAAUAUAUUAUUGUUUUUAUGAGAUUAUUAUUAUUAUAUUAUUAUUAUUAUUGUACUUGAAACAGUUUAUGAGUUAUAUGGACAUCAGUAUGUAUACAAACAUCUUUGUUUUCAUGUUGUGUACAUUGUACGUCUAUUAUUAUCAAGUCUAUUCCUUAAUAUAGCUGUGCAACAUUGUUUUUACUUUUUUUUUUAAGAUUUUUUUUAAUUUGACUAUUAUUAUAACAAAUAGAUCUUCAUAAAUGAUAUCCAUGCAAAGAAGUAUUAUUAAUAUUUGUAACAUAAAUUUAUCAGAGUAUUUUAUUCUUGGAAUUGAAUGUGCAUUUUUCCCAUUAUUAUGUAUACAGUGACUUGAUGACCGUAUCAAGCUGUGUUGUUUAAUUACAUGUUAAGACCAACGCCUAGCUGGUCUGAGCUUUAUUAUGUGUUGUGUCUGUGUACCGCUCAGCCACUGGGGGAUUCACAAUUUGUAAUCAGUAGUAAGCCUAUUAUGGGACAAACAUGGUAAUACAUCUUAUUGAUUCAUAGUCACCAUUAUAAUGAACUAUUAGGAAACAUUGUAUAAAAGUUAUCAACUCGAUAACCCUUACAUGUGAAAAUGUUUUGAUAAAAUAUUUCAUAUUAAUAAAUUGCAAAUAAGUUUAGAUUAAAAUUAAAUGGAUUUAGAUUUAAUUCACGGGGAUGUUGAAACCAUGACUAAUCAAAUGAUCUAUUAAUAGAUCAGGAUAAUAUCUUGGUAAAUGCUAGUGAAUGUGAAUGUUAACUGUGAGGGAUGGGUUGGUCUUGGGAUAAUAUUAUUUUCCAGUGGUUUGUUGAGCAAGGGGCGGGACUGGAUGUUGUGACCUGUAACUAAUGCCAAAGUAACACCUGAAGGGACCAUCGUAAUAGUAAUUUAUGUCCUAUAAUCCAUGUUAUAUAUAUUGCAUGUUCAACUAACUCAAUACAGAUAGCAGGACUAUGUCUGAAUCUUGAUGUAAACUGACCAAGAUAAGCUUGAAAUAUUUUUUUAACAGAUCCAUGAAUAUGUUUUAAUUUUCUAAAACUACCAGUGACAAACUCCUGCUCAAUGACUACAUGUAAAUUGGUAUGGUAAAAUAAAUGUUUCAGGAAUUUUUUUUCUUUAUUUGAAUAACUUGCAUAUGAUCUAGUUCAAUAGUGAUCCUCUGAUAUUGAUGUGUCAAGAGAAUGUUUCUUUGUUAGAAAUGGAAUUUUUUGUUGCCAUUAUUUCCCCCCACAACUGUUUGUUGUGUUGUCAAGGUUGAUAGUCCCAUUUAUUUCGCAUUUAUAUAAACAUGUAUGCAAAUAAUAUGCAUAUAUUUGCAUGCAUUACAUUGUGCUGGUGCACAUAAGAUUAUAUAUAUUAAUAAUAAUUAUAUAUUACUCACAAUAUUAGUGCAGUCGAAUCAAAUACAUUUGCAAGUUAUUUUUGCUACCAGUUUUGUGAAGGGAUGAGAAAUACAUGUCUUUGUUGCAAGGAAAUAUAAACUUAUAUUAUAUAUAUGUAUAUUUGCACUCAAAGAAAAGAUUUUUUUGCAAAACCAAUCAACGUUUCUGAAGUGAUUAGAACAAUACACCGAGGCGGAAGUAGCUCUACCAAUAUAUAUAUAGAAUGUCUUCCAAACCAGGUCAUCCAUAGAUCUGAUUUGUUAUUAUAAACCAUUCAUAACUUGUCUAGAUAAAAUGUUGUAAGUUUACUCGGUGGAAGUUAAGUCUGUUGAUUAUUUAAUGUCUAAAUUGGUCUAUAGAAAUCCAGUUUGAAUGAAAGUACCUUCUAUAAAUGUAAAAACCGAGGUCAUAGAUAGAAAUGAAACCAAGAUACAAAGAUACUAGAAAAUGAAAGUUGACAUGGAAACCUGGGGCAUAAUUUUUGACAGAAAUUUGGCACCUAUGCAAUCGUAAAUUCCAACUUAUAUAUUUGUAAAAUGUACUGGGCUCAUACCGUAUUUGUUUUCCAUUGAUUCUAAUUACACUCAUAUAUGUUAUUAGGUCUGGAAGAAUAUUCCUGUGUUUCUGGUAACAUGUAUGAAAAACUACCCAUAAUGUAAAAUUUGACAAAAAGUCUUUUUAAACUGAAAUAUAUCUUUUCCUAUGUUCAAUAUAAAGAAUUAAAAACAAUGAUAACAAAUUUAAAUUGGUUCCUUCGCCACUGUUACCAGAAACACAAGUGUAGUUAAGCUAGACCUUGUGGUUUAUCAUUUUCAACAAUAAAUUGAAGUUCAUUAGCUGUAGGCAGUAGUUUUUCCUGUAUAAUUUCCAUGAUCUUAUCUAGCAACAGCACAAUUUCUAUGCAACUUUAUCUUUUUUUUCAUUCAAAGAGUUCUAGUCGUAUAAGAAACAAAAAUUGUAUGUUUUGUUUUAAUUUCAUGAUAUGUACCCGAUCAAAUGUGUAUUGAUGCAUCGACUAUUUAAUUAUCCUUUUCCCAAAGAUUAUUUUAUUUGCAUAAUGUAUAUUUUGUCUUCACUUUUUGUAAAAAAGAAGGACAACAUAUAGGCAUUGCUUCCAAUAUGUUGACAUCAACAUUGGAUGUUAACUUUCGCAUUUAGUUUUGAUAUAUAAGCUGAAAUUAAAUUUGUGAUGUAUUGAAAAUGCACUGUAUAUGGCCAUGUGUAUCAGGGAAGAUGAUGUCCAACAUGGAAGUUGGUCACAGUGACCUGGAUUGAGGGUGUAUAGUGAUUGAGGUCAUGACAUGGUAUUGAAAUCACCUUGACCUUUAAAUUAUAAAUAGCCAAAUAUUGUACAAGUUGUCCAAAACAGUAGCUGUGAACAAGUUUUAAAGGCCAAUUAAAAACAAAGAUGUACCAAAUGUAAUGUUUAACAAAGAUCUGAUCAGAUGAUAUUUAAGAUCCUACCAUCUUUCAUUAAUUUGAUAUAGAUUUGGCAGAGUGACCUGUAGCUUGUAUGCACUGGGACUGAUUGAUGGUGUGUCAGCGUUGUGGCAUGGCCAGUUUACCGUGGAGUAUAUAUUAUGUAUUUUAUAAAGUUGUAGUACAUUGGUACUGUCAGAAGCCAGUAAUAAUCAUAGAUACCAAAAAUCUACAUUUUGUUUUAAACUUUUUGAAUUGGUAUACCUAUAAUGAUUGAUAGAAGGGAAGUUAUGACUUGGCAGUCGUUUUAUCUCUAGUAAUACUUGUGAAGCCUGUAUAUGCAAACAACUUUAAUUUUGUUUGUUUUGUUUACAUUAAUGAGAUUUGUUUUCCUUUUUUUUUAAUUAUGUUUUAUCCCACUGUCAAAAAGCAUUUUAUAGUCCACAAUGAAGGCUCUUUAUUUUACUCUACAGUAUAACGUAGUAGAAGUUCAAAACUUGAUCACCCAGAAAGGGUUCGUUGUGAUUGGUUAGGUUAUAAGUUGGAAUGACAUUAUGCCAAUAUUAUGUAUGCAAGUUGAUGAAAAAUUUUCCAGAAUGGAAAAGGUGCAGAUGUUGAUGCUUUCAAGACAAAAGUAUAUAUAAUUUGUAUAAAAUUGAAUCUUAUCAAUUUGAAAUAAUUUGUCGUACAUUUCAUAGUUUAGUAUUUUCUAUUUUAAUAUUAUUUACUGACAGUUCAGUGAGUGGCUGAGAGUGAGGGAGGUAGAGGUGUGGUAGGCAGGCUUGUCCUGCAGGGAGGGAGGAGCGUUCAGGUUAUAAAUACAGAGAUUUUUUAUUUUGAUGGUACUUCGAGAGAAGACCAAUAUACUAUUAUAUUUGGUGAGAAAUCGGAAAAGAAAUUUAUAAAUAUGUAAAAGUUUUAUUUUUCUGCAAUUAAAAUUCUACCUAUAAAUACAACAUUGUUUUUGUGA